GGCGGCCCCGCCCUGCAGGGCGACCAGGUGGUGGGUGUGGCCUUCCAGAACCUGCCCGGGGCGGAGAACAUCGGCUACAUCAUCCCCACCCCCGUGGUGGGGCACUUCCUCAUGGAAGUCCGCAAGUACGGGUCCUACCAGGGCUACUGCAGCCUGGGAGUGUUGUGUCAGAACCUGGAGAACCCACACCUGCGGGCGGCACUGGGCAUGAGCGAGGGAAUGACGGGGGUGCUGGUCAACACAAUCCAGAAGACAUCCAACGCGGCACAGGUGCUCAAGCCGGGUGACGUGCUGCUGGAGUUUGAUGGAGUCAAGAUCGCCAACGACGGCACGGUGCACCUGCGGCAGCGCGAGCGCAUCUACUUCUCCUACCUCAUCACCCUCAAGCCCACCGGAGGCACCGCACGGGUCAAGGUUCUGCGUGACGGUCAGGAGCUGUGCUACGACCUGGCGGUUACCCCCAACGACCUGUUGGUGCCGGUGCACUGCUACGACCGACUGCCCUCCUACUUCAUGUUCGCGGGACUGGUGUUCACGCCGCUCACACAGCCCUACCUGCACGAGUACGGCGAGGACUGGAUGAACUCCGCCCCCCGCCGCCUGUACGACAAGGCCAUGCACGGCAUGAUGCAGCGCCCGGGGCAGCAGAUCGUCAUCCUGAGCCAGGUGCUGGUGGACGAUGUGAACACCGGCUACCAGCAGUUCCAAUCGCUGCAGGUGCUGCGGGUGGAUGGGGUGGAGGUGCUCAAUUUGGCGCACCUGAAGCAGCUGGUUGAGGGGGG